UGCAGCGGGUGAAAGCUGAGGAGCCGCGGGCGCUGAGGCGGGGAGUGCCGGCGCGGCCAGAGGGCGUGGCUGUCUCCGCGGCGCGGGUAGCGGGGCUCUGGUCGCCCGCUCGGGCUGCGCGGACUGGCUGCCUGCCGUCGGGCUUGGCGGAGGGCGUGGUGCGCUUUGCCGAGCCGCGGGCCCCUGUCCGGCCAGGGUUCCAGCCGCCGCGCGUCGCAACUCGCUAUAGGUGGAAUCCCAAACGAUCGCCCAAAGAAAAAAUUUGGAAUCUGAGGCUUCAGGCUCCAGAGAAAUUGUACCUUACCAGAAGGGGCUAUGGCGGUGGCCUUGGGUUGUGCAAUUCAGGCCUCCUUGAAUCAGGGCUCGGUGUUUCAGGAGUAUGAUACUGACUGUGAAGUUUUCCGUCAGCGCUUCAGGCAGUUCCAAUACAAAGAAGCAGCUGGACCUCAUGAAGCUUUCAAUAAACUCUGGGAACUGUGUUGUCAAUGGCUGAAGCCAAAGAUACGUUCUAAGGAACAAAUCCUGGAGCUACUAGUUCUGGAGCAAUUCCUAACGAUUCUGCCCACGGAGAUAGAAACCUGGGUGAGGGAACAUUGCCCAGAGAAUAGAGAAAGAGUGGUGUCAUUGAUAGAAGACUUACAGAGAGAACUUGAGAUACCUGAGCAGCAGCUUGAUAGGCAGGAUAUGCUCUUGGAAGAACUUGCACCAGUGGGAAUGGAACAUUUGGCACCAAACAUCCACCUGGAGUCACCCCCACUCCAAGUAAUGGGAUCGGCCCCUGAGGUCCCAGUGUCAGAGGUAUGGAUCCCACAGGCAGGGCCGCAAGAGCUGAACUUUGGUGCUGCUGGAGAGUGUCCAUCCUUUCUGGACCCUGAGAUGGUUCCUGUCAGGACUCCGGCGAUGGUAUGUGGUGCAGAGGAUCAAACCCAGGUUGGCUACGUGCAAGGAUAUCCAAUACCAAAGCUUGACAUGAGUUUCCCUUUGGAACAUAGAGAAGAGGAAUGGGUGAAGGAAUUACAAGAGUCCAAAGAAAUAAAACAAUUACUUGAUUCCAAGAUAGGUUUUGAGCUCGGAAUAGAAAAUGAAGAAGAUCCAUCCAAACAGAAAAAGCUGGAGAAUAUAUACCCAUUUGUUGUUUCUUUAGAGGGGGAUUCUCUUCAUGGUCCCAUUUUACAAAAAGACUUUGAACAAUUAGAAAAUCAGUGGGAACCACCCCCAGAGGAUUUACAGGCAGAUUUAACAAAUCUUGUAGAAGAGCAGGGCCCCUCUAUAGGCGAGAACCCCAAGAGCUCCAACUUAGAAGAACCUCUCAACCCUCAAUCCCCUAAGAAGAAGAGUCCAGGAGAUAAACCUCACCGAUGUUCUCAGUGUGAAAAAUGCUUUGCUCGGAAGUCUCAACUUACUGGGCACCAGAGAAUCCAUUCAGGAGAGGAACCUCACAAAUGCCCUGAAUGUGGAAAAAGAUUCCUUCGUAGUUCAGAUCUGUAUAGACACCAACGACUUCAUACAGGGGAGAGACCCUAUGAAUGUACUGUGUGUAAAAAACGAUUCACUCGGCGGUCACACCUUAUAGGGCACCAGAGAACCCAUUCUGAAGAAGAAACAUAUAAAUGUGUUGAGUGUGAUAAAAGCUUUUGUCAUGGAUCUAGUCUUAAAAGGCAUCUUAAAACUCAUUCAGGUGAAAAACCUCAUAGAUGUCAUAAUUGUGGGAAAAGUUUUAGUAGAUUGACAGCUCUUACAUUGCACCAGAGAACUCACACUGAAGAGAGACCUUUUAAGUGUAACUUUUGUGGGAAAAGCUUUAGACAGAGACCAAGCCUUGUUAUUCAUUUAAGAAUUCAUACGGGGGAGAAGCCGUACAAGUGCAGUCAUUGUUCUAAAAACUUCAGACAGAGAGCAGGCCUUAUUAUGCACCAGGUCACUCACUUUAGAGGACUUCUUUAGGAAUCAUAAGGGAAACUGACACUUAAAUUCCCCAAACUGACACAAAAUUCCCCAAACCUUCAACAACCUUAUUUGUCUUGGAAGAACCUUUGUGUUUGAGCUCAUGAGAAUGACGUUUUGUACCUAUUUUAAAAACCCAUCUUCUGAAGGAUGUGAGUUUAAUACUACUCACCUAUUUUCUAUUGCAACUUCCUAGGUUUUAUUAUGCUGUCUAUACAAUUCUUAUUUUUUAUGACAAUGAAAAUUUUUGUGUUCCACACCAACUAUUCAUAACAUAGAUGUAAACAUAAAACAUAUAAAUGAUGACAGUAUUUUUCAAAGUAUAGUCAUUAAAAUGCAUAAUCACAUCUUCCUGAUUAUGCCUUCAUAAAAUAGCACCAUAAUUUUCUGCUGUCAUUAUGAAUGAGGAUUAUAUUAGUUCACAACUUCUAUUCAGCCCAAGUAUCAGAAAGCAAGUGUUUAUCAGAGAAUAAAAAUGUGUCAGGAACACAAAAUUGAAGUUGGUGCCAUUUUUCUGCUAAUAACUGAGUUAUUUUCAUGAAAUUGUUUAUGUUGAAGAAAAUUGUGUUUUAGCCUUUACAUUUGAAUUUUGCAAUGUUUCCUAGUUAACUUAGUUGAUAGUCUGUGUUCAUGUUGUUUAAAGCUGAGUCUUAAAUUGAUUUAUAUUGUUUUAUAUCUACAGAGAAUAAGUUCUAUGUAGAAGGAUCAACUUGACAGUUGAAGUUAUAAGAAUAGAGAGGAACUGUUACUCACUGUAUUUUACUCUCCUUUUAUAUUCAAUCUUGUGUCUUGAUGUUUUUCAAAAAAAUUUUCUAUUCUUUAAUUCAGCGUCUCCUUAAUUGUUUGCUAUUUGAUCACAUGUUUCUCAGUGCUUAAAAAGUUUUUUUUCCAUUCUCUAUUUGAGUGUCUCGUUCAGUAUACAUCUUACAACACAACAGUUCUAUACAGAUAUGUUGUAAAUUAGUUUGGGAAUAUGUAUUAUUUCCUUCCCUAGAUUCACAGUUUAUAUCAGCCUUUUGAGAAUCUUUUGAGAGAUCCUCCAGUAAAGGGGGGCAGUUAUUCUUUUGACUCAGUGUUUUACAAAUGUAUUUGACCCCAGAAUCCUUUUUUAUUUACACCCGGUAGUAACCCACAGUAUUAUGAGACUAUUCUUGAAAAACACUGCCUUAAACAGAUGUUUCUGUAGCUAUCAGUAUAGUCUUUUUGCCCCUCAAGACUAGUUAUUACAAUUGUUUUGAGGGUGUUAUGAAAAAAGUCUUUAAGCAUUUUUAUGUAAGAGAUGAAUAUUGUAAGGAGGUGAAUGUUGCUAAUUCAGGUAAUUUCUGAAUUACCUGGUAAUUGUCAACCUUUUAAAAUUUUACUUAUACACACAUACAUAUAUGACUACUUAUAUAAAUAUUCUUAUAUAAUCAUGAUAAUGACUCAAAUUUCUGUAGCAAGAGAAGAACUCUCUUUGGUAGUUAAAGCCAUUAAUACACAAAAAUAUCCAUUCAGUCUAGUUAUUGUGAAAUACAAGAAAUUGGACUAGUCAAGUGUUUUUCUCUUAUGAAAAUAUCAAUUAUCUUUUCUUAAAACUAGAAUUAGGGCAAGUAUUGUUUUCUGUUCCACUAAAGUUCUUGGAAUUAAGUUUAAUGUAAACAUAUUGGAGGUAUUUACUACGUGCCUAACAAGCCCUGUUCUAGACUUAAUGGAAACUAGUAAAGAAAAUAAAUCAUGGGUCAGGAUCAUAAAGGUUUUAUAGUAUCUUUAGUUAAACAAUAGUUGGGAAACAAAUGGAGAAAGUACAAGAGAGUCUGUAGUUAAGUGCCAAAUCAUAUCACAUACUAGAACCAGGAUGUGUCUUUAAUUCUUGUCAUCUGGGUCCCUGUAUGAUGCUGCUAUGAGUGUGGGAUUAAGAUCCCAGUAGCAAUAAACAUGUAAUAUGGGAGGAGUCUGAAUGUAGAGAUGGAAAAAUACCGAAUGUAAUGGCUUCUCUUUUCUCUCUUGUGGAAUUGCAUUCAAACCAGAAGAGUGCCUUAGAAUGGAUGUGCCCAACUACUCUGUAUCUAUGCAAUAUUUUAAUAAAGUAGAAAUGUAUGUGUU